CUACCGGAAACAGCUUUGUCACAGUGACUGUCCUGAGGUCUCUCGAAUCUGGCUGGGUUCUGGACUGGUACUCAUUCAUGGGCUGACAACCUCUCUCCCCACUGCACAUGGGUCUGGGCCGGGGGUCUGGGGGGGUACAAGGACCCGCGGUGCCUGGAGCUCUUCUGAGCCACCAACCCAUGAAGCACAGAGAGGGGAAGGCACCUGCCCUGGGUCCCAUGGCAGUCGCGCAGGCCUCACUACCUCCAGGAGGCUGCUCCCUGCCAGGCCACAAGGCAGGGUAGACCCAGCUCUGCCCAAGGCCUGUGGGUGGAAGGGAGCAAGCAGGUCCCUCUCAGCCUGGCACAGCGAGAGUUAAACUGGGCCCCUCCCAGUCUCCAAGGCCGCCUCCCUUAGCAACCUCCCUUAGCAACAGGACACAAAGCUAAGGAGGGGCAGUCUGCAGACCAGGGACAGACACAGGCCAGCUGCCCAGAGAGCCGGCCCAGCAUGGACGCCGUGGAUGCCACCAUGGAGAAGCUACGGGUGCAGUGUCUGGCCCGGGGGGCCUCAGGCAUCCAGAGCCUGGCCAGGUUCUUCCGCCGCCUGGACCGGGAUGGCAGCCGGUCCCUGGACGCAGUGGAGCUGCAGCGGGGCCUGGCCGAGCUGGGGCUGUCGCUGGAGCUGGCAGAGGCGGAGGCCGUGUGCAGGCGCUGGGACCGCGAUGGCAGUGGGACGCUGGACCUGCAGGAGUUCCUGCGGGCACUGAGGCCCCCCAUGUCCCAGGCCCGGGAAGCCAUCAUCGCGGCUGCCUUUGCCAAGCUGGACCGCAGCGGGGACGGUGUGGUGACUGUGGACGACCUCCGUGGGGUGUACAGCGGCCGCAGCCACCCCAAGGUGUGCAGUGGGGAGUGGACAGAGGAGGAGGUGCUGCGGCGCUUCCUUGACAACUUUGACGCCAGUGACAAGGACGGGCAGGUCACCCUAGCGGAGUUCCAGGACUACUACAGCGGGCUCAGCGCCUCUGUGGACACAGAUGAGGAGUUCGUGGCCAUGGUGACCAGCGCCUGGAAGCUCUGAGGAGCGUUCCAGGAGCCCCCCAGGUCCCUCCUAACCUGGCUAGGUGACCCAGGGCAGAGCCCAGAGGGCACACAGCAGGAAGGAGGGGCUGGGCAGCAGGGCCGAAGAACCAGCCAGACCAGGUCUCCGGCUCAGGGCCCCAGGGAUAGUGGUAUCCCCCGGCCCUCCCCUCCCAGCCCCCGA